UGUGUGUGCGAGGAGCACCGGGCGUCGUGGUUUCGGUUGGCUGGGAGGAAGAGGAAUAACGAAUGUGAAGCCAAGAAGAAUUCCUCGUUGGCGAACGGCGCUGGGGCGAGAAGCGACAAUAUCCACAGGAUUUCAGAAACGUUUGUACGGACUACCCAUGUCUCCUUAGGGAAAUUAAGCGAAGUUUUCCCCUCGCGCGUUCCCGACUCGGAUAAGAUCACUCCGUCUUCUGGCAGCUUGGUGACGCCCACCAAAGGAACUGACUGGCCCGUAACUCAUGGCUUCCUUAAUACUGGGACUUUCUCUGGUCUGUAAUUUAAGUGGCCUUUGAGCUUCCAGAUUGGUCCAGAAGGAUUAGGAAAGUUGAGUCCUUUCCUACCAAAGAAAUGAAUGUGGGAGGAGGAAGCAACAGCAGUGUGGAGCUUGUCCAUCUCUCCUUCUUACUGAACACCAGCAGUCUCGAUCCAGGAUGUUCUCUCCCCUACGACCCCUGCCAUUCUUUUUGGCCCUGAGACUACAGUGGGCUCCAUGAACAUGUACAGAGACACAGGGGUGUGUGCCACCCCUCUCUCUCAACCUCUUCCUCCACCCCACCUCCGUCUACCCCUUCAUAAUGGCCACUCCUCUGUGGGCGAUCCAGCCCCGUCCCGUGUGUCUGUGCCCAAAAUGGGGGUUCGAGCUCGGAUUGCCGAGUGGCCUCCUCGAAGGGCACUUUCACGAGAAUCGCUGCUUGAGAAUGGCCAGGGUAGUCAACCGGAUGACCUCAACAGUGAGGAUGGGCUUACACGUGGAGGUAUGACCAGGUUACCACAGCGAGGUACCAGAGACGGUGACAUCCUUGAAUCAGGUCUAAUGAUGGCUCCAGGCACACCCCCGAGGUUUCGGAUGUCUGGAUUCGCUCCGCUCCGACAGCGAUCCACCAGCGAGAUUACAUUGAGUGAACAAGAUGAAACAGAGGUUGAAGGUUGUUUGUUUCGGGAAUAUGGCAGUACCUCUUCCAUCAAUGUACAGGCAGUGUCUGAUCAAAGCUUCUUUGACAUGCUAAGCCAGUUUCAACAGGAGCAACCUGACCAGCGUAGCACAGCCCCUGUCAAGCUUGGAGAGCUGCUUGGUUCUUUAGAAGGACCCACUUCACACACCUUCUUGUCGACUCCACGGCCAGAUGACCGCCCGGAGAAUCGUGUACGCAAAAAGAGUGGUGGCACAGAGUCAUCUCUUGGUACCUCCUCUUUAUUCCGCAAACUCCGCAGCUCCAGUCGGGGAGAAACAGAGACUCCACGAGGCGACUCAGAUGAUAUACGACCCCCUGUGACAUUGUCUUCCAAACCCUGGGUAUGUGUGCGGAGUUUUGCCCACUUUGACGCUCAGAGUGUUCUGUUUGACUUGCACGAGGCGGCAGCUCGUCGCAGCUACGCCGCCCAACGGCGAAACACUGCCACCGGAGCUUCAGCUGCUUCUUCGGCUGCCGUUUCUUUGGCGGUUUCCAGAGCUAUUGCUUUGGGGGGAGUGGAGCCCAGCUUCUCCAGCACUGAUGACCUCAGUGUCAGGGACCUAUCGGAAGGAUCAACCCCAGCACUGGAACUUUCAGAGCAGGGUAGUUUGGCUGGCGUUAAUGCCAACUUUCAGCACCAGCUGUUGUUGAGCUGCCCGAACUUCAUCAACGAGACUGGAAGCUACACGGAACGGAAUGUCAGCUUCCUGAGCUCAUCGGCGGAGCGGGCAGAGGCUGGUAUCGUGGAGGCCCGACUUCGUCCACGCUGCAGUAAUGCCAGUGUGUCCAAACUGGAGGUGCCGCAAGAGCUUCAAGCCACCAGGUUAGAGAGACUGCAGCAACACUGCAUCGAACACGUUGACCUGGGUGCCAGAUACUACCAAGAGCACUUCUAUGAGAAAGAGCACUGGAACUACUUUGGUACCGAUGAGAAGCUGGGGCCUGUGGCUCUGAGCAUUCGAAGAGAGAAGCUGGAUGAUACCAAAGAUUUUAAGGACCAGUACCAGUACCGCAUCAUCUUUCGCACCAAUGAGCUGGUCACGUUACGAGGAGCGAUCCUGGAGGACGCGAUUCUGUCCACAGCAAAGCACGGAACGGUUCGUGGUUUGCCUUUAAAGGAGGUUCUGGAGUAUGUGCUGCCAGAACUCAGCGUGUCCUGUCUGCGAUUGGCUCUCAGCACGCCAAAGGUCACAGAGCAGCUUCUUAAACUGGACGAGCAGGGGCUUAGUCAGAAACACAAAGUGGGCAUCCUGCUGUGUCGAGCGGGACAGAGCUCGGAGGAGGAGAUGUACAACAAUGAAGAGGCUACGCCAGCAUUCACCGCCUUCCUGGAGCUGCUGGGAGAAACUGUGUGUCUGAGGGGUUUCAACAAAUAUGCUGCCCAGCUGGACACCAAAACGGACUCAACUGGAACACACUCCCUGUAUACAACCUAUCAGGACUAUGAGAUCAUGUUUCACGUGUCCACCAUGCUUCCAUACAUGCCCAACAAUCCUCAACAGCUCCUAAGGAAGAGGCACAUAGGAAAUGAUAUAGUCACGAUUAUAUUCCAGGAGCCAGGAGCCCAACCGUUCACACCACAGAAUAUUCGCUCUCACUUCCAGCACGUCUUCGUCAUUGUCCAUGUGCACAACCCUUGCUCUGACAACACCUGCUACAGUGUGGCAGUGACCCGCAUGAAGGACGUCCCUCCAUUUGGUCCAGCACUACCUUCAAAUGGCGUGACGUUCCGGGACCCAGCUGCCUUCCGUGCUUUCCUGCUGGCUAAGAUCAUCAACGCAGAGAACGCUGCACACAAAUCAGAGAAGUUCCAUGCUAUGGCCACACGCACGCGUCAAGGAUACCUGCGGGACCUGGCGGAGAACUGCGUUUCCACUACGCCACUCGACACUGCUGGCAAGCUUAACAAUCUCAUCUCAAUGGCCUCCAAACGCAAGGAACGCAUCCGGCCACGUGAGGGGGCAGAAAUGGGUGCCUUAGGGGCGCUGAUUUGGCGUGUACUUGCGCAGGACUUUAGUGGCGGAGGAGCCGAGCUUCCCUGCGCUCUCGCCAUCUCCAACGAGUACAUUGUCCUGGCGGACUGCUCCACCAAAGAGGUGGUGUUUAACUGUUUCUGUGCUGAUGUGAUUGGUUGGACGGCAGAGAGACUUGCACUGAAGAUUUUCUAUGGCAGAGGAGACCACGUUGCCUUACGGGUACCAGAGGGCAGUGCGCAAGACAUCAGAGAGGUUGUGCAGAGACUAAAGGCAUUGACUAUAGGUUGUGAGACGGUUGAUAUGACAUUACGGCGUAAUGGUUUAGGCCAGCUUGGUUUCCAUGUACGUUUGGACGGAACUGUGUCCGAAGUGGAGGAAUACGGCUUCGCUUGGCAGGCGGGACUCCGGCAGGGUAGCCGUUUGGUGGAAAUCUGCAAAGUUGCCGCAGUGACGCUCUCCCACGAGCAGAUGAUCGACCUACUGCGGACUUCGGUCACCGUGAAAGUGGUCAUUAUUCCACCUUUCGAAGAGGGAGGGGCCCGCAGGGGCUGUACGGAGGAGUACGAGAUGAAGAUGAUGGAGCAGAAGGGAGAAGCGGAGCCGGUGGCUGCAGGGUAUCGUAGUGGGCAGCGAACCCCAGUAUGGCGCUGGGACAGCCCACCUGGUACACACAGCUCUGCUCAGCGCUGGACCCCCAGCGGAGCCCCACCAGUCCCCAGCCGAACACCCAAAGCCCUGAUCCCCAUUCCAUUCAGAGAGCCCCAACACAUCUCUGCUAAAAGGCCUGUCUCUUCCCACAGGCCUGUCAGUUACCCAGAGAACCAUUACAGUGUGUCUCCUCUUGCCGGGGACAGAGUGAUGCCGUACAGAAACCCUUCGGCUAGUUUCUCCAGUCCGGGCUCUGGGUUCAUCUCCAGCGCGCUGGGGGUGCCGGGACUCAACGGACCCUUUGUCCUCUAUAAACCCACUCGGGACGGGUUUGGGUCAGUCCAGAGGCCUCUCCAGCCAUUUGAUCCACACAUUACAGUCGAUGUCUCGAGUGGAGAAUCAUCAUCUGGUUUCACUAGCCAAGAAAGCACGAUGGAGCGCAACAAGUCAGAGCCUAUGUGGCAUGUUCCUGCUUCAUCACGUGGUGUGUCAGUGGGCUCAGCUCCAAGAAGACAGACUCGACAGGACGUUGCAGGGAAGGACUCUCCAAACCGCCACUCUAAGGGUGAGGCACACUAUUCCAGUCACUCCAGCAGUAACACGCUCUCCAGCAAUGCUUCCAGCAGUCACAGCGACGAGCGCUGGUUUGACAGCGUGGGAGGUGUGGUUUCCGGUGCCCUGAGUGACCCCUCAGACCCCGACCCGGACCAUAUGGGCAAGGGAGGCUCCAGUGACAGUGGCAUCGAUGCAUCUCUCUACACGCCAAGUCCCAACACUAAAGGAGCCAAACCUAGCCGCAGCCUUGCAGGAACCCCCCAUAAACCUUUGCAUGGUUCUGCUACCUACAGCGGCUUGCAGGAGCUGUCCGGAGCGGGAGGAGAGGGUCGCCGCAGGGAGUCUUCACCCAUCAUUGCAUCUGCAAAUCAAAGCAAGAACUAUCGCACCCGCACAUUCCCCCCUCCUGGAUCAGCCAACGUCGACAACUUCAAACCAAGGACCUGCUAUACCCCUCAAGGCUACAAGACCCCUGCUGUGGCCGAUAAACCCCGGCCUGUCAGAUCUUCAACAGUCACACCCACGUCAGGCUCCGCCCAGCUUUCAAACUCCACCCCCAAGUCGUUAAGUAAAACCAAGAGUGCAUGGCAACAGGAGGAGAACAGCGCAGCAACCAGCACCACCUCCACUGACAGCAACAGCAACAAGCAGGUGGAUAUGAACAGUAAGAACGUGUUCGGACAGCCCCGGUUACGUGCCUCUCUGAGGGACCUGCGCUCACCACGCAGAUCUCACAAGAGCACCAUUGAAGACGACUUGAAAAAGCUCAUCAUCAUGGACAACCCUACAGAGACACCAUCACGGGAUGGGUCUCCUCACCGGACCCUGCAACGUACUUUCUCUGAUGAGAGUCUGUGCAGUGGACGGAGAGACUCUAGUUAUGCAAGCACGCCUCUUUUUGAAGGACAAGUGCCACCCAGUGACCUUCUCUUCACCUGCACGCUGCCUACUCGACGCCACGGACACAACGCCAAUCAUGGAGCCCUCGUGCCUAGUAAGAAAGUACCAUUGUCUGCAUCAGAGUUAUCUCUGACUGAGGUGAGGGAUAAGGUCCCACCUCUCAGAAGACUGGACCCUGGACUCAUGCCCCUUCCUGACACUGCCUGUGGUCUAGAGUGGUCCAGCCUCGUCAAUGCGGCCAAAGCAUAUGAAGUGCAAAGAGCGGUUUCUUUAUUUUCAUUGUCUGAGUCCCACGCGGGCGGCAAUGAGUUGAGACCCGUCAUCAGCCCGGUGCAUUUCCACACGCCACAGACUCCCCGCACCACUCCCACUUUCAGCGGUGAAGAGGUUCCCAAUGAUCUGUCUGGGCGUCUAAAUCAUCUGGAAGUCAUGCUGAAACAGCUGAACAAUGAUCUGGAAAAAGAGAAACAGGACAAGGCGACGUUGUUAGCAGAGAUGGCUAAUCUGAGGCAGAACAACCAGCGCCUGCAGGAGGAAUCACACUCAGCCAGUGAACAGCUCCGCAAGUUCAGCAAACUCUUAUCCUCUACCAUCCCCGAGAGGAAAUAACUCUUCCCUUUCACUUGAGAGAAGAUGAGAUCUGCCUAACAGCUCAUUUACUUCACAGUCUCGUAUUGUCCAGUACACCCACUGUCCCGCUCGCCCUCAUCUAGAUCCUCACCACACACCAAACUGUGAGCUUUACCAAAGUGUGACUGAGGGAAACCCAAAUCUCCCUGAUGACCUGAGACUUGAAAUCUUCAACCUAAAGCCGGUACACAAGUACAAGUGUCUAUUUUUGAACAAACAAACACACGAUUCCUACCUUGAAACGAGCGAGCUCCUCAUCUGAUCGAACUACUUUUGGGACUAUUUUCUCAUUGUAGAUUUAUUUUUGUACUCGACGAGUCGACACUAAGCUUGAGCCAGUAAAACGGAGAGACGCUAAACAUCAGAGAGGCCUGUUAACUGCACAGUCAAAUCAACACUUGAGCCACGUGAGCGAUCCUGCCUUGCCCAAAACCUUGAGAGAAGUCCCGGUACUGUAAUUGUGAGGGAGAAGGAAUGACUCACAGAUAACAUGUCACUGAAAAAGUGUAAUUCUAUAUCGCAUAAUCUCAUAUGCAGGUACAUCGUGUUCAUCUCUAUGAUUCAAACCAUCCUCAUCUCAGCUGAUUUAUCCUCCAACAGACUUCCUGUAGUGAUUGAAACUCUGCAAUAAAGCCUCUGUAGAUGGAGAACCGCCGCUUUCUGACCAGUGAAACCAACCACUACUAAAACUGUGAUGUUACACCCCAAGUCUUUGAUCGGUUCCUCCGUGCGUGGACACCGGUCAGUCUUUAAGUCAUGUGACAGGAAAUGCCACUUGCUCUCUUUAGUAUGGUUUUGGCAUAGCACUGUGUGUAAACUUGGGCUGUUAGAUUUUGACACUGUAUAUAUAUAUAUAUAUAUAUAUAUAUAUAUAUAUAUAUAUAUAUAUAUAUAUAUAUAUAUAUAUAUAUAUAUGUAUGUAUAUAUAUAUAUAUAUAUAUAUAUGUAUGUAUAUAUGUAUGUAUUUGUGCAAAGCUGACACUAAGAAACCCUAUUCAGCUGUGUUCCAUACAGACUCUAUUUUUCUAUUUGUAUUUAGUUCAGGUUUAUCUGGUGAAACGACUGUUGGCAAUAGAUAGACAGAUCAUCGUGUUUACAUACUAAGACGAUCCACACUGUACUCUAUGUUAUGCGCUCUAACCGGAAUAACAGUCAGGCUGGAUCGGAUAUGGUUUAUCAUGUACCCCGUGUUACUCUGUACAUGUCUGCCUUAAAGUGCUCAGCUGUGUUAGAAUUCACCACUCAUAUCAGCUCUCUCAAUCCCUUUAACCUGCUGCGACUGGAAAAAAUAUCUCCUCCUCUCUCAGGACCCGUAAGCUGCCCUCUCGGUGACCCGAUCUGUUCAUCUCUGACAUAUUUAUUCACGUCAAAACAAAGGCACUGCAACAGUCACUCGACUUUAUACUAUAAGUGAAAAUAUAAGGUGUCUGCUUUGCUCAGACAAACACAGACAACUAUAUACAUGCUUAUGACAGUGAAUAGCACUGUAAAACGCAAAGGUUUUUGGUUAUUUAUGGGGUGAGAGAUUCAAAUUAGAUUCAUUGCAGCUGUUUAGUAAUGUGACUGUACAGACAGUGAUUUUAUACAAAGCUUUGAACUGCUGACAUCUAACACGCUAUGUGUUCUCCCAACAAGGGAAAUUCCAACCAAAACAUGAACAUUCUUUCAUUUUCUCACCCUCAUGUUGUUCCAGAGUAGUAUGACUAUAUAUUUCUUCUAUGGAACAAGAAAGAAAUUAUUCUGAAGAACUAAAGAGCUUUGGUUCCCAUUGACUUCCAUUGUGUUCAAAGUUCCAGAGAAGAAAGCAAGACAUACAGGUUUGGAACAACAUGAGAAUGAGUUUUUGGGUGGACUGUACCUUCAAAUAUAGGUCUGUAUACAUGUGAGAAGCUUUUAUUUAUAAAUCAUCACUCUGGACUUCAAAUGACACGAAUAAUAAGCUCAUUUCAUCCCCACUGUUUUAGAUCACGUUUUACAGGUUUGUCAGAUUCUCAUCUCAUUGCUGUGACUACAAGAUCUUACUGUGUGUUUUUCAGUCCGUAAAUUGGGAGGUUUUUCAGACUCACUCAGUUCUGGGUUACUGUAUGUUUGUUUGAUAGUUGGGUGGAGGUGUUUUUAAGUUCUUUAAAAUUUUUAUAAGGUAAAUAUGAGUAAUAUACUUGUGAGAACAUCUAUGUGCAUCUGUGUUGCGCAUUCUUAAAUCAUGGCAAAUUGUAUAGUCCAGCUGUAAUAUUUGAAGGUUUAUUUUUGUGUAAUAUUUUGACUAUUUAUUUUGAUUAUUUUCGUUCUUUUUUUUAAAUACAGAACGUCAAAUUCAAGCUGAAAAUUACAAGAUUUGGUAACAUUAUUAGAGGGUACUGAGUUUGUCCUUUAUAUUUUGUUUGAUUCAUGAUCUUUUGUACAAAGCUGAUUUUAUGCUUUUAUUUCUAUUCUUUUUUUUUUAAAGAAACAUUAUUGUAAUUCAUCUUUUUGUCUCUGUUUCCAUUAGCUUCGUGCAUGAAACAGUGGCUCUAAUUCCUCGUUUAACUAUUGAUAACUGAUCAAUCUUUCAGUUUCUUUGGGGGAUGUGUACAUUUAAUAUGUGUAAAUUAUGUUUUCAUUAUUUUAUAAAAAAAAAUAUUAAAAUAUUUCAUAAUGAUAA